AUGGUAUAUUGUGGCAAGCCCUCUCGGGGCUGUCAAAUGUGCAGGUCCCGACGGAUCAAGUGCGACGAGAAUAAACCUACCUGCAACCAAUGCGCUAAAUCGCGCCGUCAGUGCCCAGGUUACAAGGACGAGUUCGAUCUUGUCUUCCGCAAUGAGACCAAGGCGACCGAGAGACGAGUCCAGAAAGCCAACCGCAAGGUCCUGACAAAACCAAAGGACAUCGAUCCUUCAUCCGCCACCCACGCCGAGGCCGAGGCCACCAAGGUUUUCACCUCAACGGCCGCCGCCAUAGUGCCAACUCUGAGGCUACCCGUCGAACAGACGGCGUCAUGCCACUUCGUCGCUAACUACGUUCUCCUGCCCCGCCAGGAUGGCACGCGAGGUUUCAACGAGUAUAUAUUACCGCUACUCAAGGCCGAGGCACCGGACGGCCAUCUCCAUCAUGCCUUCAACGCCUGCGCCCUCGCUUCCUUGGGCAACCGGCCCAACGCCCCCGGGUCUGGCUCCGAUUUAAUCUCUCGGGCCUUAGGCCACUACACCAAGGCCCUAUCCGCCACCCACCUGGCCCUCCGGGACCCUGAACUGAGCAAGUCCGAUGCCACCCUGGCGGCGGUGCUGAUGCUGGGUCUCUUUGAAAACAUCACAGCCAAAAAGAUGGGCAUGUUCGCCUGGGGCUCCCACAUCGAAGGCGCCAUCCAGCUCGUCAAGGUCCGCGGCCGUAAGCAGCUGCGGACGAGGACGGGAUUCCUACUCUUCAUCGCCGUCCGGACCCAAAUGAUCAUCCACUCCCUCAGCACCGGCACCUCUCCCAUCAUGGGCGUCGAGUGGUGGCUGAGCGACGCCAUCAGAGACGAGGGUGUCGCGCACUGUCAACGCCUCGCCAUCAAGACGGCCGAAAUCCGCGCCGAGUCGGCACGGCUCGCUUCCACCAUCCCGCACAACCCGGAAAACAUCGAAAUCAUGCUCGAUAUGAUCCGGCGCGCCCAGACCAUCGACCACGAACUGGUCAGCUGGCUGCAGAACCCGCCCAAGUACUUCGAAUGGAAGACGGUCGCAUGGGAAGACCACGUCCCGGGCGGCGACUACGAGAAGGCCGAGGUCUUCCCCGGAAGGGUCGACAUCUACCGGGAUUUCUGGAUGGCGAGUGUCGUCAACCUGGCCCGCGUCUUGCGCCUUACCCUGGCCACCAUCAUCGUCCGAUGCGCCGCCUGGGUCUGCAGCCCCGUCGACUACCGCACCACGCCCGAGUACGCCACCGCCGCGCGUACCUGCGUCGACACUAUCACCGAUAUCAUCGCGUCGGUGCCCUACUCACUCGGCUGGCACCUGAAACGCCCCGAGAUCAUCAAGCGCGCCAACUUGUCUGGGUUUGCCUGCGGCGAAGAAGACAGCCCCAAGGGCUUGCCGGGUUACUUUCUCACUUGGCCCCUCGCCAAUGUCUAUGCCCAGGAUUACGCCACCGACGCGCAGCGCGCAUGGGUGGCCGGACGCCUCAAGUUCAUUGGCGAUGAGCUGGGCGUGAAAUAUGCUCACUUGCUAUCCCAGCUUAACCUGCGCGUUCCUUCCAUGCUCAUCCGUCGCGAUGCCAUGAUGGCGAACUCACAAGGCCUCGACGCCCACCCGCUUCUUGCCGCCCGUCUGGCAUCGCCCAGGCCUGCUUCUGGGGCUGAUCUGCUCUCACAACUUCAGGCCAUGCAUCAUGAUUUGGCGGACCGAGACCAAAACAAGAUUGAGCUACUGGUCAAGGCGACUGCGACUGGCACGGCUGAUCAGUCGUCGAGGCAGUGGGCGGCACGGAACGUGCAGACGCUUUAG